UGCCGCCCGCGCCUCUGCGCUGCCGGAGUGUUGGCCGAGCACCAUGACUUCCGCCCUGGAGAACUACAUCAACCGUUUCAGGUUGCAUUCCCUGCGAAAUGCUUUCCUUGACUCAGUUACCAGGAACUGUUGCUGUGAUUACUUCGGAUGGGAGGAUGAUAGUGGGAACACUGAAAGGUUUUGACCAGACCAUUAAUUUGAUUUUGGAUGAAAGCCAUGAACGAGUGUUCAGCUCUUCACAGGGAGUGGAACAAGUGGUACUAGGCUUGUACAUCGUAAGAGGUGACAACGUCGCAGUCAUUGGAGAAAUUGAUGAAGAAACAGAUUCUGCGCUUGAUUUGGGGAAUAUUCGAGCAGAACCUCUGAACUCAGUAGCACACUGAGGAAAAAUUACAUACAUUGGACAGCUGUAAAUCUUUGUACAGAAACAGAUUAUUCUGAGGAUGAUGUGUGGAAUUUUUAUAAAUGUGUAAUUGUGCAAUUUUGACUGUAUUGAUUAAUUGUGAUAUGAUAUGUAAAUUAUAUUUUUACAUUUUGUUGAAUAAAGACUUUUUUGUCUAAAUCAUA